AUGUCUACUAGUGAUACCACGACUACUACUUUACUAAGGAAUAGGUUUGAUAAGUCUAUUCCAGACGAAAAUGAAAAGACGACCGAGGAGCUCUUGAUUGAGAAGCUAGAUAAAUUUUUGUCGUCUAUCGAAUCAAGAUUAGAUAGCUUCGAACAAUAUUUCAAAGUGAGUAAAGGGGAGAUAGAUGAGGGACUUAGGGUACCCGAAGAGUCCGAUAAAUCAAGAAGAAACAGUAAUGCCAGCUUGAGUUCGAUCAGAUCGUUUUCUGUUAAUAAUUUAAACAUGAUUUAUCAAAGACUAGGAUUCAUUAAGGACUCGGUGUUGAAAUCUUCCUUUACCAAUUUAGAAAACCUAUACAAUACGUUAGAUGACCAGUAUAAUUAUUUAUUUAAUUCUAGUACACCGAUAGAUGAUGAAAAAAUCGGUUCUAACAGUAAGGAGAUGUUGUCUGUGAAGAUAAUUACAACGAUACAGUACUUUGAUGAAAAAUUAUUGCAAGUCGAUAAUUUAAUACAAGACCGUACCAUCCAGGGUACAGCUGAUUAUAAGGCGCCAACUUUUAAACAUCUUGGUUUCUACAACUUCAAUAGGGCAUUGAAGGCAGCUGAAAAUAAUUACUUGCAUUAUUAUCAGUUACCAUUACGUUGGAGAGAGAAUCGUUAUAUUGUCUACGGUUAUAGGUACUCCAUGAAGCAUCUGAAUAUGUUGAAAUCAGUAUUCAAACUAAAUCACAAUGAAAGCAUGAAUAUUUGGACCCACUUACUUGGGUUUUUGUUGUUUUUGUAUAUUUCUUUUUGGCAUUACCCGGGAACCGAAACUUUCAGAAGAAAUAGCUUUGAAGACAAUGCUGCCAUGUAUACUUUCUUAGCUGCGGCUGUUGGUUGUCUUGGUUGUUCGGUUAUUUUUCAUACGUAUAAUUCAUUUGCUAAUAUAGCUACCAAAUCGAAUUGUGCCUGUGUUGAUUAUACUGGGAUAACCGUAUUAAUCACUGCUUCGAUUAUGUCUGCUGAAUAUUGCUCAUUAUACCGCUAUCCUGCAUUGCUUAGAAUCUAUAUGAUUUUUUCGUCCAUUUGUGGGUUAACUGGAUUUACAUUCAAUUGGUCGCCAUAUUUUGAUAAGCCAGAAUGCAGAUCUUUGAGAAUUGGAUUUUAUGUUGGUUUAGCAUUUUUAGGCUUUACCACAGUAAUAUGUCAAAUAUUUUAUGAAGGCUUUGUCUCGUCAAUGAAAUUCUUUUUCCCAAUGGUUUACAAGAGUCUUAUAUGGUACGCAAUUGGGGUCAUAUUUUAUGGUAGUUUAUUCCCAGAGAGAUGGAGAUAUGAUGUGGUAAUUAUUGAAGAUGAAACUUGUAAUCAUUCACACAAUUCAAGUGAUAUUUUAAAAGGAAACCCUGAAAACAGUGGUAAUGAAGAAUUGGAGCAAAUUGAAAAUGAUAUAAGACAGGAAGCCGAACAAUAUAAUCAUUAUUAUGAUGAGGAUGAUUGUAAAAACAUUGAUGACGAAAAAGAUCUUGUUGAGGAAGAAGAAAACAAAUAUAGAGAUAUUAUUGACAAGCAUUUUCCUUCAGAACCAAUCAAGACCCCAUAUAAUAAGGAUUUUUUUUCCUUAUGGUGGGUUGAUUACUGUUUUUCAAGUCAUAAUAUCUGGCAUAUUUGUGUUUUAUUAGGAGUUAUAGGACAUUAUUACACCAUCAUCGAAAUGUUUGAUAAGAUUGCUAACCUAUAA